AUGUCACAAGCACGCCCACCCUUCUCCUCCCUUCCCCUGGACAAGAAUGGCCCUCAUGGGAACGCAUGGGGUCUCUACGGCACUUCCGACCAACUCGGCGCCUUGAACCUACUCACACCCACCAACACCCUUACCGCUGCAAAGGAGAUUGAACAUGGCAUUCGCAUCUCUGUCGACUGGCCGCUGGAUAAAAUGUCACCGCCGUGUUUCAACAGAGUAGCUUUCGGUCACAGUAUCAAUAACAAAGCACCCAGAAGUGUCAAUGACGAUACGGUGACUUUCAACACGCAGAGUUCGAGUCAGUGGGAUGGGUUCAGACAUUAUGGCUAUCAAAAGGAAAAGAGAUAUUAUAAUGGCUGCACGAAUGAGGACGUUUUGGGUUCACAGAAGAACGGCAUUCACGUGUGGGUGGAGAACGGCGGUGUUGUGGGAAGAGGUGUGUUGUUGGACUACAAGAGCUGGGCAGAGGAGAAGGGGGAUUGGAGUGUAGAGGCUUGUUUUCAGACUACUCCCAUCACUGUUGAUGUGUUGGAGCAGAUUGCAAAGAGUCAGAGUGUGGAGUUUAGGGAGGGAGAUAUCUUGUUCAUUCGUACGGGAUGGACGAAUGCUUAUGAGGCUUUGGACGAGAAAGCACGCACGACGCUCUCGGAGACGUAUCCUCCUCCUGCCAUCGGUGUCGAAUCUUCAGAGGCUACGGUGCGUUGGAUGUGGGAGAAGGGAUUUGCUGCUGUGGCGGGCGAUCAGCCCAGCUUCGAGGCCUGGCCUUGUCAAAACACCGACUACCUCUUGCAUGAGUGGCUGCUAGCCGGCUGGGGUCUGCCGAUCGGAGAGAUCUUUGACCUGCACAGAUUGGCCAAAGAGUGCAAGGAGAAGAACAAGUACUCCUUCUUCUUCAGCAGCAUGCCCAUCCACGUACCCGGAGGCGUCGCCAGUCCUCCUAACGGUGUCGCGAUUCUGUAA